AACAUUUUUUUAUAUUUACAAAAAAUGGUUUAAUGAAUAUGCUUUGGACUGUAUAGCUUUCCACAUAUAUGGGUAAAUAUCUUAACGAAUUGGGAAACAGCGUAAAAUAUUUAGGACUCAAAAUGAAGAACGCCUCUUAUAAUGAGGCACAGCUCAGAGGCAAAUCAAAUGGCCACUGCUGGCAACAAUGGGAAUGAUUUACUUACUGUAAUGGAUGGUGAUUUAAAUACUUUUCAUGGUUCCACUUCUGAAGGAGGGAUAGCAGGAGAUGAAGAACAUGUAACUGAGGUAUAUCUAAGUGUGCUGUGGUGUGGAGGGCAGCUUGGAAUUGCUUUAUAUGACACUGACAAAUACUUCAUCUACUUUAUGCCUGAUACACCAGAAACUGAUGACCUUAAGCUCUUCACUAAAGUAAUAGAGGAGAUUCAUCCAACCUGUAUCCUUACAAGUGCAAAACAAGACAGAAGUAUGUCAGACUUCCUAAAGAAACUUGGUAAUGGACAACACAGACGAAAUGAAAAACCUGAAAUUGCCAUGUUUCCAAAUGUUGACUUUGGUAUCCGACUUUUUAUUUCCAAGAGAAGACUGAUCAAGGGUCACUUUUCUUUGCAUCCAGAUGCUUGCUCUGCUGAUUUUAAAAUUCUUUCCUUUUCUUCCCUGAUAGGGUAUGACUGUCUUGUUCAGGUGAGAGCACUGGGAGGUCUCCUUAAGUUUUUGGAAAGAAGGCGAGUUGGAGUGGAGCUUGAAGACAACAGUGUUGGCGUGCCUAUUUUUGCUUUCAAAAAAUAUGUUAUAAACAACAUAAUACAUAUGGAUCAAGACACUUACUGCGUCCUACAGAUUUUUAAAAAAGAGACCCAUCCAUCAGUUUACAAAAUGGCCACCGGAUUGAAAGAAGGACUCAGUUUGUUUGGAAUUAUGAAUCGCUGUAAAUCCAUGUGGGGUGAAAAGCUGAUGAGACUGUGGUUUAUGAGGCCCACUAGAAGCCUGAAAGAGUUAAAUAAGCGGCUUGAUGUCAUCCAGUUUUUCACUUUACCUCGUAAUUAUGAGACUGUUCAGACCCUACAGGAAUGCCUAAAGAACAUCAAGAAUGUUCCGUCUAUUUUGAAGAGGAUGACUUUGUCCCACACAAAGGUGAAUGACUGGCAAGCACUGUAUAAGACAGUAUAUAAUGCAGUGUGCAUUGGAGACAUGUGCAGAUCACUGCCACAGUCAGUGGAGCUCUUCAGAAACAUUUCCUUGUCUUUCACAGAUGAUCUUCACUAUAUUGCAAGCCUAAUUAGCAAAGUGGUUGACUUUGAAGGAAGUGUGACAGAAAACAGAUUCAUUGUUAAACCCAAUGUUGACCCAUUAAUAGAUGAAAAGAAACGUAAGCUGAUGGGCUUGUCAGACUUCUUAACAGAUGUUGCCAGGAAGGAAUUGGAGAACUUGGAUAGUCAUAUUCCUUCAUGCACUGUUAUAUAUAUUCCACUGAUUGGAUUCCUGUUAUCAUUUCCUCGUCUUCCCGACAUGGUGGACAGAGAAUCUUUUGAAAUGAAUGGACUAGACUUUAUGUUUCUUUUUGAAGAACGGCUGCAUUAUAGGAGUGCACGGACGAAGGAACUAGACACAAUAUUUGGAGAUUUACACUGUGACAUCAGAGAUCAGGAGACUGUGGUCAUGCAUCAACUGCAAGCAAAGAUUCUAGAGAAAUCAAAAGUGCUGUUUGAUGUGAUCGACUGUGUUGCCCAGCUUGACUGCCUGAUUGCUAUGGCAGUUUUGGCAAGAGAGGGCAGCUAUACUCGUCCAAGGCUUACUGAAAAAAACAUAAUAGAUAUUAAAGAUGGACGGCACCCUCUUAUGGAACUCUGCACCAGAACUUUUGUUCCUAAUCCAAUUGUUAGUGGUCCCGAAUAUGGAAAAAUCAAAAUCCUCACAGGACCUAAUUCUUGUGGAAAGAGCGUAUAUUUAAAGGAGGUGGGUCUAAUCAUAUUCAUGGCACUGAUAGGAAGCUAUGUUCCUGCUGUUGAAGCAGAGAUUGGAAUGCUGGAUGGAAUUUACACACGGAUACAAAGUAGAGAGUCUGUUUCUGUGGGAUUAUCAACUUUCAUGAUUGAUCUCAACCAGGUGGCAAAUGCAGUGAACAAUGCUACUGACAGAUCAGUAGUCCUGAUCGAUGAGUUUGGUAAAGGAACAAAUACUGUGGAUGGACUGGCUCUUACAGCUGCAAUAUUGAAGCAUUGGAUCAAGCAGGGACCAGGUUGUCCUCAUGUUUUCCUAUCCACCAACUUUCAUAGCAUUUUGCAGUUGAACUUGCUGCCAGACUGCUCACUUGUGCGUUAUCUGACCUUGGAAUCUGUUCAGGAUGGAGAAGACUUGGUGUUUUUCUAUCAGCUAAAAGAAGGAGUGUCCUUUUUUAGUCAUGCUGCCAACAUUGCUGCAUUAGCUGGCAUGCCUUCCAAAGUAAUCCAAAGAGGGAUGGAGGUAAAAAAUUUGAUAGUACUGAAAGUGGUGGAAUACUUAGUAGAUGUAUAUUAGUAGAACUAUUCAGUAUUUAAAUCAUAAAGGCAUUCAGAAUGGAACUGGUAGAUGUUCAUCAUUCUCACUGCUGCAAUAGCCUAUGUGUUGUAUCCUGCCAAGAAUACAGCAACCGGACAGCCUCCAGAAUCUUCCAUCCCCUCUCACAGG